CCAGUUUCAUGUAAACCCGGUUCAUGUGCUUCACGACCGGCAGUGAGUCGGAUUCGUGAGGACGGUGGAUCGGUUCUCCGUCACGUUUCUACCGGUUCUUAACGAUCAUUGACGAAAACUAACCCGAGUGACGUCACGGGACCCGGUUACGCCUCCGGUCAGCGGUGAACGUGAAACCACCGGAGGCGCGUGUUGUAGCGGCCGAGCUGCGGGACGUGAGUUCCGGGUGUGACUCGUCCGAACCCCCCGGCAGAGGAAGGUCACCUGAGGUCAGGACGUUCUGAGGUGAUGAUGUCACUGCUGCGGUGCAUUGUGGGUGGGCUGCGUCUCUCUCGUGUCCAGAAGACGUCUCUGACCUCAGUGAGUCUCCUCCUCUUCCUCCGACCGCGUAGACGUCCUCCUCUUCCUCCUCUUCGUCAGUUCCGGUCCGUGCGCGGCAGCGACUCGUCCGGUUCUGCAGCUCGAAUGAAGCUGAGAAAUCGUCUGUUGGUGACGUUAAUGUUCGGCGGCGGCGUCCUCGCCGCCUGGUGGUACGUGUAUGUGGAGAAGCAGCAGAAGUUGCGGCGGCAGCGGGUCGAGCAGCUGCAGAAGGUGGCGCUGGGUCAGGGGAACUACAGCCUCCUGGACCACAGGGGGCAGCGCAGGACCAAGCAGGACUUCCUGGGCAGCUGGGUGCUGCUGUACUUCGGCUUCACGCACUGUCCCGACAUCUGCCCCGAGGAGCUGGACAAGCUGAGCGCCGCGGUGUUGGCUCUGGACCGCGACACAUCGCUGCCGCCGGUGCAGCCCCUCUUCAUCACCGUGGACCCAGACAGGGACGACGUGGCGGCGCUGGCCCAGUACGUGAAAGACUUCCACCCCCGUCUGAUCGGACUGACGGGGACGUCGGAGGAGGUGAAAGAGGCGGGGCGAGACUACAGAGUGUAUGCCAGCGCCGGGGCCAAAGACGAAGACGGGGACUACAUCGUAGACCACACGGUCCUGAUCUACCUGAUCAGCCCCGACGGACUGUUUCUGGAUUACUACAACAGAACCAAGGACCAGGACCAGCUCACAGAGAGCGUCCGGAACCACAUCAAGAACCACAUCAUGAUCUGAGAAGCUCAGUCCAGAGACGAAUCCAGAGACCAGGACCAGGACACAGUCUGCUCCCAACUGUCCAGACCUCCAAUCGGACUCUGUCAUCGUCUAAUAAAUAAGACAAAAGACGUUUCUCGGACGAAAAUGUCCCAAAAAAAAAGUGUUAUUUGUGAAAUAUCAAAAUUCUGUGGUUUCUAUAAAAGUCUGUGAUAACAAACUGAGCAUGUUUCAAACUGAAGUCGGAGGAUUUUCUCCAGUAACAUUAGAUGUUGCGGGCUGCUCUUACAUUUUUUAUUGUUUAGGAAAUGAGAAUAUUGACAGAAACAAACAGUUCAGGAGUCACAAAUAUAAAACUGAAAAUAUUUGAAGCAAACAGUCAAAUAUUUCUAGUCUCUUUGAUUCCUGAACUUGACGGUCAGAAGUUUAAUCUUUGGUUCAAAGAAACAACUAAAACAUUCUUGAUUAUGAAUCCUCGACAUGAUUAUGAUUAUUAAUAAACAUUAAAGUGAGAUCA